AUGGGUAUUACCCAGCCCUUGGCAGCCAGACGGUGCCAGGUGGACCUUCAGCCCUGCCUGCAGCAUGGAAACAAGCCUCGCCCUGUCCGCUCGGUCGGGGCAAGGUGGACAGAACCUGUCCCCGAGCUUUUUGCUGCACACGGCGUUACUGUGAAGACGAAGCAUACAGCAAGCAUCAAGGUGCCUUUCAAGGCAAAGCCAAUGCCAAAAGUCACAUGGUUUAAAGAUAGUAUUGAGGUGACAGAGGAAGAGAAAGUGGAGAUGGAGAAAGCCAGUGACUGUGUUACAAUCAAAACCUGUAUGAGAGAAGACAGUGGAGCCCUUACGUUGAAUCUGAAAAAUUACUGUGGCUCGGCUUCUGGCAAUCAUUACCUCAACUUUGUUAACAAACUAAAACCCCCACAGGGGAAAGCAGAGUUUCUGUAACACACAGAAAAUGUAAAAUGGAAGGCACCCAAAGGCAAUGGAGGAAAGAAAGUGACUCACUCCAUCAUCAAGAGGAGGAUGGCUGAAGAAAAAAUCAAAGUAGGGGUGGUGGAGAGCAACUACACCACAUUUAAAUGGAGGAAGGGAAACCUACAAUUCAGAAUAGAUGCCAUCAACUCUGAGGGCGUCAUCAAGCCGCUGGAAACAGAAAUUUUUGCUGGAGGACCAAUUAGCCAGCUGUUUUUAAUGUGGUUUCACAAGCCUCUGAGACAGGUGUGUCAGCCUCCAGUUGUAGAUGUCAGAAAAGAAGAAGAUGUCACCAUCACCUGGAACUUCCCAGCCCAGGAUGGAGGCUCCCCAGUGCAAGGUUAUGUCAUAGAAAAAAGGAAGAAAGGCAGCCAUAUUUGUGUCCCAAUCACCAUGGAGCCAGUCCAAGGUACCAGAUUCAAAGUGGAUGGUUUUCUGGAGGAUAGAGAUGAGUUCUGUGUGAUAGCUGUGAACCGUGCAGGCUCUGAACUUCUCAGCAUGCCCUCACCCUCCAUUGCAAAGGAUCCCAUCAAGCCUCCAGAACUGCUGAAGGUGAUGGAUUUUUCCAACUCCAGCAUUUCCUUAGCCUGGCAGGAGCUAGAGCAUGGAGAUGUGCUGUCAGGAUACAUACUAGAGAUGUGAGCUAAGGACACCAAGAAAUGGACAAAAUGCACCAAGAUCCCUACCUCUAGUACCAUUUACACUGUGGAAAGCUUCAGGAGGGACAGGUGCUACUUCUGAACCGGAGCUGUGAAUCAAGCUGGUGUGGGAGAAGCAGCAGAGUUACAGGAAGGAAUUCUAGCAAUGCCACCUUCAGUCUCCAUUUUGGAACUGCACAACCAGUCCGUGCAGCACGGUUUUGUUACCACAUCUCCAAAUAGAGAAACACCAAAAAAUUCCAGAGAGACUGCAGGCUCCAGACAAAUUUGCCUGGUGUGGAACGGCAACUUGCAGUACUGUACUGAAGAGUAUAAGGAGUCCUAUAAGAAACAGACAUUAUACAAAAUUGUUUAUGGCAGAAGGUUUGAUUUGACUGUGAGGCUGAAGAGCCACAUGGUGGUUUGUGCAGGGACAGCACCAUGUAUUCAUACAUGUUUCCCUGGCUCCCCACCACUACCAGUGAUGUGGCAAAAAGAAGUCAUAUCAACAAGAGGGAGGACAAGAACCAUUCCCAGCCUUAUCCACAGCACCAAGCAACUUGUUUCUGACCUGUACCAGAUUAUCCUCAAGAAUAGUUACAGGGAAGCCCUUUACGAUGUUCAAAUGCAAGCUGCAGAUUUCCCCUGACCACCCACUAAUUUGCAGCUGGUCGAAGAAGUCCCAAACACUGUGACCCUAAACUGUAGCUCAGAGGCAGAAGAUGACUAGCAGACUGAUUAUGGUGUCCUGAAAUGUGAUGUCAGUACCACCACAUGGUUCACAGCUGCAGAGCAGGUCUACAGCAAUAAGUACACUGUCACAGGCCUGCUCCCAGGGAGGAAAUAAUUCUUCUGAGUCAUUGUCUGCAAUGACACCGGGGACACUGACCCUCUGGAUUCACAGGCGCAGUGGUACAUCUCCAAAGACAGAGGUAUAUCGCUAACCUACUCUGCACCUCAGGUCCCCACCUGGGGAAUAGACACAAGAACACCUCCGGUCCUAGCCCAUCCAUUUGUUGGCAAUCUCUUCAGGACCAGGCUUCCUUUUACUACAGCCCUCCUUGAUCUACGUAACCAGACCAUGGGUAUGUUGCUUUGGCUACCUGUGCAGCUGAGAGAGAGCACUUCCAGUUACGUGGCUGUAGUCAUGUUCUUGUAUGGAAGUAAUCUAGGCCUGGAUUUUACAUAG